CAAGUGCAGGGUGUUAUUUACCGAUUGACUGGAAUCAGAUUGUGAUUAUCAAGAUGAAUGGCUGGACAAUUGCUGCGAUAGCUUGCAUGUGCUUCAUCGGAGCGUUGGCACAGACCCCGGAGGAGAGGGGGUUGGAGGGGUCUUUUGGCGGUGGAGUUUCACAGUUGAAUGAUGCCGGGGAUGUUCACACGAGGAGUAAACGGACUCUACUCCUCAAGAAGAAGAUACUCGGGGCUGGAUUGCUGGGGCUGGGGCUCGGUGUUGCCAAAGGUUACAAACUCGGUUACCACCACUCCCCGGAAGUUCACCACGUCUAUUUGUCACCACCUCCACCACCAGUGCGGUACGUGGAGUACGUGGAGAAGCCAGUGUACGUCGAGAGAAUCAUCGAAAAACCGGUCUUCAAGUCUCCACCUAUCGACUACGAUCACCAGCCCUGGGGGCCACCAGAACCAUCGUCCACUUAUGGGGCCUGGUGAAGCUGUCGUUAAUGACCUUAUGUCAUCCCUUGUUUGUUAUUUUUCUUAACUCAAACUGUUGAUUUUCAUUAAAUAAAA